AUGGAAGAAAAAUUAAAUUUAUAUAUUUAUCCUCUUAAUAGAUUAAAAAUUUUUAAUGAACCAAAUAAAAUUGAUGUAACUUUAAAAAGAUUAAACUUCAACAAUGAUAAAAAAAAUGAUGAAAAUGAAUUAAAUGAUUUUAGAUGUAAAACAGUAGAGAAUCCUCAUAUGAUAUAUGAUUCUCUUAAUUCUAACAUCUUAUAUGAGAUAAAAAACUUUCAUGCUACUGAUAGAAUUUAUGAUAUAGCAAGAAGAAAUGAAAAGAAAAAUGAAGAAGAAAAAGAAGAAGGAGAAAAAGAAGACGAGGAAGAGAAAGAAGACGAAGAAGAAGAAGAAGAAGAAGAGAAUGAAGAAGAGGCUAAUAUAAUAUAUAGUAAAAUUAUUAACAAGAAGGAAUAUAGUGAUUAUGAUGAAGAUAAUAAGAAUAAUAAUGAAUAUGAUGACUCUAAUAUGUCAUAUGAUAAAAAUGAUAACUUAAAUAGUAAUGAUGAUCUUUAUAACUUUAAUAUACAUGAUAACAAAAAUAUAUGCAUUAAUAAUGAAGAUUUAGAAACACUAAACUAUAAUAAUAAAAGAAUUAAUUCUUAUAACAAAGAAAAAAAUAAACAAAAUUCAAAAAAAAUAAAAAAUAAUGAUGGAAAUUGUGCUUCUAACGAAAAAUAUUUGGAAAAGGAAAAUUGUAAUUUAUAUGAAGAAAAAAAAAAAAUGGCAAAUAAAAGCUGCAUAGAUUUUUUACAUAAUUCACAUAUCUAUGAAAAAGGAAUAAGAGAUGAUCAUAUUAGAAUAAAUGCUUCUUCCGAUGUUAUUAACACCUUAGCUACCUUUUAUAUAGAUAAAAAAAUUAAUAUGAGCAAAAAAUACUCUUAUGAUAUAAAUUUUAAUAUAAAGUCACCAGUUUUAGUGUUUCCUACAGGUUUUUAUAAUAAUGAAAUAAAAUUUUUAGAAGUCCAGAUUCAGGAUUGUAUUUAUGAUGACAAUUAUGUAUAUAAUAUGUAUAAUAACUCUUCUAAUAAAAAUUAUGAUUAUAGUAACGAUAUAUAUAAAAAUUCAAAUUAUAGCUAUUUACCAUCUAACAUAAAAUUUGAAUUUAAGAAUGAAAUUAAUAUAAUACCUACUAAUUUAUCAGUUGGUAAUUGUGAUAUUUCUAGUAUAACACAGUUACCAGCAUUUUGUGAUUUUUCAGAUAGAAUAAGAAUAGCUCAAGAAUAUAAUAAAAAAUAUAUAUAUAAAAAAUUUUAUACAUUAAAAAAUAAUCUUUUAUAUAAAUUAAAUAGAAACAUAACAGAAGCUAAACAUAUAGGCUCUACUUCUAUGAAUAAAUUUUUUAAGAUAAAAGAAAUAAAAGUAGAUAAUAAUAAUAUAAAUCAAACAGUAGUUUAUUCAAGAAAUGAUGUGGGAUUAUUUAUUUGUUACAUACAAUAUACCAAGAAUGAUAUUAUUAAUAAUUUAUACAAUGAUAUUUAUAAAAAAAGCAAAGUUUCGAUUACUAACGAGAAAGAUGAUGAAAAAAAAAAAAUAAUGAUAAAUAGAAGGAAAGAAGAAGAGAUAAUAUGCAAUGAAGUUGACGAGAAGGAAGAUGAAUUUUUUAACAUUUUUGAUUAUAAAGUUAAAAUAACAAAGGAUAUUUUAUUAUUUGAUAGACUAUUUCAAAUGUGCCCAAGCCCUUAUACAUUUGGGAAAUGCUAUUUUUUAGGAAAUCAUAAUAGUUUAUAUUCAUAUGAUUUGGAAUUAAAUUUAAUUGAAAUAACUGAUUUAAAUAAAAAAGGAAAAUUUUUUAAACAGCAUGAUACUUCCUUAUGUUUAUGUUAUUUACAAGAUGAUAAUAGUAUUUUAUUGGGUUCAAGAAACUUAUAUAUUUUUGAUAAAAGGGAAAAUAAGUUAACAAAAUUUAAUACUAAUAACACUGGAAUAAAAAAAAUAACCAGAAGGAGAACUGCUAGAAAUUCUUGUGAAGAAUUUUUAGACAAUUUAUCAGAAAGAAAUGUUAAUCAAAAUAAUUUAUAUCAAGAAAAUGUAACUCGUUGCCAUUUUAAUAGAGGUUAUACUGCGGUAGAGAAAAAUCCUGAUUUUCCUUAUAUAAUUGCAACUGUUAAUGCUUCUUUUAAUGUAGUAGAGAUAUGGGAUACAAGAAACCAAUAUGAACCUUUAUUCAUAUUUCCUUUAAAUAUUUCAGAAUUUUCUUAUACGUAUUUUAGGUAUAUUGAAUGGAUUAGAAUAUGCCCAUAUGGUAAUAAUUAUGAUAAAAAAAAUGAUUACAAUUUAAUGACUUUUUCUUAUUAUGAACAUCUAGUUUAUAUUAGAAAGAUUCUCAUAUGUGAUAAUUUUACAAGCUACAAAGACUUAGGAUUUCAAACUUACACAAAUAAUUUCUCUAAUUAUUUAUAUAAUUAUCAUUUAAAGAAUGUAUCUAGGGAAAAUUUAGAUUUAAAUAAAGAAAAUGGAUAUCUAUCUAGAGAUAAUUACAAGAUUGAAAAUACACGCAAUAUAGAAAGCAUUAAUGAAGAAAAUAAUAUCAAUAAAGAAAAUAUGCAUAUAAAGAGUAACAUGAAGAAAAAUAAACUUGUCGAAGAAAAAAAUAAUAUUAGAGAAAAAGAUAGUGCUACUGAAGAAAAUAAUAUAAACAAAAAUUUAUGCAAAGGAAACUUAACAGCAAAUGAAAUAAAAAAAAGGAAUGAUAUCCAUUUUAAUCAUAUUUUUAGUUACAGAAAUAUAAAAAUGCAUAUAAAGGAUUCCCUAAUAUUAGAUAUUUCCAAGUUUACUUCUAUGCAGAAAAAUAAGAUGAAUUCUAUUCAAAUGUAUAAUGACGAUCGAAAGUAUAAUUUUAUAAAUACAAAUAUGUACAAUCUAUUUUUUGGAUCUUAUGGUAUGAAAUUUAUUGAAUUUACUAUUCCAACAUUUUACUGUUCUAAAAAGAAAAAAACAUUAAAAAACAUAAAUGAAAUUUGUUUGGAAAAGCAUUAUUAUUUUGAUGAAAAGAAAACCAAUGUUUAUGAAUAUUAUAUAAAAAGAAAUAAAGAUGAGGAAAAAAAUAAAAGACAAGAAGUAGAAGGAAUAAAAUUAGACAUUAUUCAAUUUGUUUUUAAUAUAAAUUCUUCAGGUCAAAUAUUUUGUACUCCUCUUAACUUGUGCAUAAAAAAAUUAAGUAAAGAAAAAUUAGAGGAUUGGAUUCCAAUAAAUAAAAAUUAUAUUAUGAAUACAUAUAUAAAUGAAAAUAUGGCUAAUUUAUCGAAAAAAUUUAUUGACAUUAUUGAAAAUAAUAAAGUAGAAAAUGAUUCUUCACUAUGUGGACAAAAGGAAAAUGAUGCUUAUGAAAACUCCAUUAUGCAUUUUAAUAAAAACAAGAUUUUAAACAAAGAAAUAUAUUUUGAUAAUUUUUUGAAAAACAAUAAUGAUUAUAAGAAUAAUUACAACAAAACAUUAGAUAAUUUUAAUUGUAAAAUAGAGUCAGCAUUAAAUUUUAAUGAAAAUAGUGAAACGUCUAGUAAUAAGAAUAAGGAAGAAAAUAAUCAUUUAGAUAAAAUUUGGACAAAAAACAAAAAAAAAAGUAUUUCGAAUAUUAUGAAAAAUGAAAACUUUAAUUUAAACAAACACAACUGUGAUAUUUUAAAAGAAUUUUAUUCUAAAUAUUCUAAUGUAACUAAUGAAUUUUUAUCUGAGAUAUUUAAAUUAAUCUCGAAAGAUAAAAUUCUUAUAUUGCAAAAAAAUAGUAAUUCUAUAAAAGUAUUUUCCUAUAAUAAUAUUAAAUUAAAUCAAACACUCCUAAAAAUUAAAAAGUCUAUGUUAGAUUUAUUUUCAAGUAGUACGAAUAGUAAUUUAUGCUCAAAUAUAAAUAAUAAUCAGGAUAAAAAAAAUGAUAAUUUUUCUUGUAUUUCUUGUAAUUGUGAUGACAAUUGUAGCAUUGGUUCGAAUUCCUUUUUAUGUAGUAAAAAGGAUAUAGAUAACAAUGGUUCAAAAUUCUCAAUUUCUUCAGUUAAUGGAGAUUCAUUUACAAAAAAAUUAAUAAAAUGUGAUGAAAAUGUUUAUCCAAAAACUGAAGUUACCUUUUUAAAAUCAUCCGAAAACAUUAUUCAGUCAUUUAAUAACAAUAAUAUAAAAUUAUAUGAUAAUUGUAGCAUAUUAAAUAAUAAAAAAAGCAAAGAUUUAAGUGGUAAAAAUAUUGACACUGUUAAACAAGAUAUACAAAUAGAUAAUCAAAACAUAAAAUUAGAUGAUAAUAAUAAUGCUAAUAAAAAUUUUAAAUCCUCUGAAUAUAAUUGUAAUAUUAUUUCAUCAGAUAGAGAAAUAAAUUUUCUUCAACAAUUAGAUGAAGAUUCUAAGAAAAAAAAAGAAUUGAAUAGCACGAAGCUAGAAGAGAAGGGAAAAAAAAAUGGUAUUAAUGAUAAUAAAGAAAGAAUAUUAUCAGAUAUGAUUAUCAAAAUUAUGAAAGAAACAAUAUAUAAACAUAAAAACUCAAAAAAAAGAGGAAAUUAUAUUAAAAAUAAGAAAAUUUCAGCUUUAUCAGAUAAAAAAGAAACUAUUUGUUCAUCAUUUAAUGUAUUUGAAUUGUAUUCACAGAAUAACAUUAGGAAACAGUAUAGGAAUGAAAUAAUUGAGACAAAUUUUGUUCAGAGUUUGAAUUACUUGAAUUUAAAUGAUUUUAAAAAUUUUUUACUAAAUGAAUCGAAAUAUGCUUUUUGUUCUUUUCAUUUAAAUAAUUUUUUUUAUAUACAAACAUUGGCUAAUUUAAAAUAUUCAUCUUAUAAUUUAACAGAAGAAAUGAUACACAAAUAUAUAAAUGAUAGUUACCCUUUUGCAACAUAUUCAUCUAAUUUUCAGUCAUUUAAAAUUUUAAAAAAAACUCAAUCAAAAAGCAAUGCCGUUUUUUAUAACAAAUCUCUUAAUUUUUAUAAGUUCAUGAUGAAACAGUUAAAAGAAAAUAAAUUUUUUCAUAUAAAUCAGAUUGAUAAUUCUGAGAAAAAUCGAAUGAGAAAAAUAACUGAAUAUUCUUAUAAAAAUGAUAUAGGAGAAAUCGUAAGUGUUACAUACACUAAUAAUAAUAAUAAUAAACUAAAUAAAAAACAAAAAUAUGAAAGUGAAAUGAAAAAUAAUUAUAUUAAUAUGUGUGAAAAUGAUGUAAUAAUCUCAUAUAAUAACAAUAAUGGAGGGGAAUAUGAAUAUAAUAAUUUUAAAAAAGAAAUUUCCAUAUUUAAAGAAAAUGAAUGUGUAAAUAUAAAAAAAAAUAAUUUUUUUAAUGAGUUAGACAACAAAUCAAAUGAAGAAAAAAUUCUUACUUAUUAUAGCAACGAUUCAGAAUUUUUUUCAAUUGAAAAUGAAAAAAAAAAAAAAAAAAAAAAAAAAUAUAGUUUAUUAAUUUUAAAGAGAGCAUUUAAUUUAAAAGAAUUGCUAAACGUUUAUAAUGAAGAUGGACUUAAUUGCAUUUUAAGUAUUAUGAAAAAAGUGCAAACAUUAAAAAAAAAGUUUCCAUCAAAUAAAAAAUUAAAAAAAUAUUUUAAUAAUAUAUCUAAAGAGCUGAAUAAAUGUGUACCUGUUAAGAAUUUUUUUUUCUAUGAUACACCUAUUUGUUUUUGCCUUUUUAAUAAUGAUUCUAAUAAUAAAAGUCAAUAUAAUACAUAUUUAAAUUCAUAUGAAUUUCUUUUAAGCAUUGUAACAUUUUUUAAUAACAAUGAUUCUAUUCAAAACGAAAUAAAAAAUUUAUAUAAUUAUGAGCACAUACAUUUUUUAGAUAAAAAAAAAAAGAAAGAAGUCUCGGAAACAAGUACAAACUUAAUUUUUUUAGAAAACAUCAAUGAUGAUAAAAAAAAAGAUCAAGAAGAGAGAGAGAAAAAAAAUAUUAGUAAUACAUUUACUCAUACAAUAAAUGUUCAUUCUAAAAAUGAGGAUAUAAAUGAUCCAUUUUUUAAAUUAAGAGAAAAUUAUAAUUGUGUUUCAUUUAGUUAUGAUAAUAUUUUACAUAAAUUUAAAAAAAAAAAAUUAAUUUUUUUAAGUAAAGAUAUUACUUAUUAUAUUUUUCAAAAUAUUUUACAAAGUGAAUACUACAUACCUGUACCUAAAUAUAUGAGAAAUAAAAUAAAAAUAAACGAAGAUGAUUUUAAAUGUUCACCUAAUACUUGCUUUAAAAACCAUUCAGUCGGAUUUUAUAAUAAUAAAUUAUUUGAUGUUUACAAUUCUAUUCAUUUUUCUAAUUUGAAAGAUUUUGAUAUGCAUAAAUACAUAUAUAACGAAUAUUUUAAUAUCACAGGUAAUAAAACUAAAAAUAGUUUAAAUAAUUAUAUUAAUGCAAAAGAAGAAAAAGAGAAUAAUUCAUUUUAUACAACCAAUUUAAACGGAUAUAAAGCUGGAUAUAAGAUUGAUUAUAAUUUACUAAAUAAAUUAUAUAGAUGCUGGCCUAAAAAUAAAAAUUCUUAUGCACCAAAGGAAAAUUAUUUAGAAUUAAUGAAAAAUUUUAAAAAUAGAGAAAAAGUCUUUUUUCAUAAUUGA